CCGAACCCACCAAAUUUUCGGUGCCCGAAUUCAGUACCAUGGUCAGUACAAAGUGGAAAGACUUGGCGCGUGCCGAGAAAGACGUCUACACCAAACAAGCGGCGGCCGAGAACACUCGCCUGGCCAAUGUACAGUACAUUGAGUACGAUGAGAGUGAUCUGCCCAAGCUCCCACCCGACCAGGAUGUGCUGACGUGUAGGUGGGAGAUGGGUGAAGCACGUGGUAAUACAUGUAACCGCCUUUUCAAGUGCGAAGACGGUUUAGCGCGCCAUAUCAUGGCAGAUCACUUUGGCGAUAGCUCCCCACACCCCUGCCGAUGGCUCGAUUGCACUCGCAACAUAAGGAACAAGAUGUUCGACCGCAAGGGCAAACUCACUGCCCACAUCAGGAAUCAACAUCUCCGCCGCUCCAACUGGCCCGCAGCUCUGUUUCGAUCACUGCACAGUCGCAACGCCAUAGUCUACGAACACGCACCCCCGGCACCCCCAUUACAUGUCAUCCCUAACAGACCGUUUGUUGCAGCGCCGGUCCUAUCCGAACAACUCAUCCAAAGUCAGGGCCGUGUGUUGUUCCCACCACACCCCACCGAAGAGAUGUUUAUGCCACCUGGAAUUGACUUCUUCACACAGGUGCGGGUGCGCAUGGAGGAGGGCUUGCUUGAUCCCAUUGGCUACUACAAGCUCUUAUCCUCCGCCGUGGAUCGUAGUGCAGCUGUUAUAAGCGUGCUAGACCCAGACAACUCACUCGGCUCAUCCUUAGGCAUUGCUCGUCUUGGUGCGGAUCCCAAGGGCGACUCUUCACAGCCACCUCGAGAAGGCCAGGCAAAAAGUACUUCACCCCCCGCACAAACACAUCGGCAAACACAGACACAAAUACACCCGCACGCACACGCACAAGCACACGCACAAGGAGAUCAAAGCACACGUAUGAGCUGCGAGGCCGGGACACAUGGUGCUCCAAGCACACAACAAGGGCAUAUGCAUCAGCACAUGCAUGCAGACACUGGCGCCGCCCAUGCAAUGGAGGUUGACGAUCCGAAUAUGGAUUUAUACGCCCCAGCGGCGCGUCUAUCCCCAAGACGACUGAGAGCUGAGCAGGCAGGGGUUUGGAGACCAACACACAAUGCCGAACACGUCCUCCAAACAUACGCACUCAAGCAUACAGCCGAGUACAUUCUCUUCAAACAAGGCUAUCGCGCAACGGGUAUGAAUCCCAGAGCUGGAGCUACAUCGAGGAUGAGUGGGAAGGGUGCCGAAGGAAACGCGCAACAGAAUGAGACCGCCAGUGGGGGUGUGGAGAGUACGAAUUCGCGUACGGAUAGUCUACGGAUUGGCAUGGACGGAGAGAGAGCUGAUACUGGAACAACCCAAACCGAAAAAACGGUACUGAAUGCGCUAGACCUGCUCUGCAAAGGGUUGGGUGUGGCUUACGUCUGAGGCGCAGAGAUGUGCCAAAUAUCAACGCUGAAAUACCAAGCAUAACUAUAUAUAAACUGCAUGACGGAGAUUUAAGCUGCGUAGCAGAGGCGUACAAGUCAAUAUAACGUGCACAAUGAACCGAUAUCACAACAGAAAGUAUCAAUCAGUCUCGACGUCAAAGUAACAAAAGUAUACUAAUC